UGACAACUGGACAUUUGGCCAACUAUCAAUAACUAUUGAUUUUCAUAACCUACAAACACUUGUGCGUUAAGCUUUCUUUUUAUAUUGUUUUUAUAUUCCAUAUUUUAUACAAAGAACUUUUUUAUUUUAUAAUAUUAGUAAUAAAAAAAGAAAACAACAAAAAUGAUGCCCGGAGGAAGAAUGGGAAUGUCCAGCAUCCCAGAAAAUCCACUUAGUGUAUCCUGGCACGACUCUGCUUGGAUUCCUAAUUUAAACACAACAAAUGUUAUGGACUAUUUUUCAGAGAGAACAAACCCAUUCUUUGAUAGAACUUGCAACAAUGAAAUUGUUAAAAUGCAACGGCUUAAUGCUGACCAAUUACAAAAUAUGACAGGGUUGGAGUAUGUUUUACUGCAUGUUCAGGAGCCUAUACUCUACGUAAUUCGUAAACAACACAGACAUUCCCCUUCACAAGUUACACCACUCGCUGAUUAUUAUAUUAUCGCCGGAGUAGUUUAUCAAGCCCCAGAUUUAGCAAGUGUUCUUAAUUCAAGACUUCUAUCUGCUGUUCAUCAUUUACAAUCCUCAUUUGAAGAAGCAUCAACUUUUGCAAGAUACCAUCCCAGCAAAGGCUAUUCCUGGGACUUUAAAUCUCAAAGAGGCGUUGACAAAACUAAAGUAAAAGAUGAAAAACCACGUGAGGAGCCCAGUUCAUUGUUUCAGAGACAGAGGGUUGAUAUGCUACUUGGAGAAUUAAUAAAGAAAUUUCCGUUGCCUACGCCCCCUCAGCCAAAAAUUCAAGCUCCUUCUGUUAAAAAUGAUGUUGAAAAUGGCACACCAGAUAACAAGGGAAUAAAGUCAGAAGUUAAGGAAGAAAAAAUCAAACCUCCACCUGAAAAGAAACCUCGGAUUAAUUAGUUACAGAUAUGAACAAGCUUCAGGAACUAUACAUGAAGUCUCACAUUUCUAGAGUAAAAUUUUUCAAAUUUAGACUCGUUUUUGAAAUAAUUGUUAAAAAGAACAUGGGGACACAUUUCAAUUAUUAUCAAGGAUAGGCAAAAAUAGUAUGUAUCAUUUUAUGGAAUUUAAAAAUCAUAUAAAAUUGACCAAAAAAAAAUGUUUCUUUACUUGAUUGGACUAAAUAACAAUUAUUAAUUGGAAUCUUGGAUUAAGCUUGAAGGAACCUUAAACAGUAAUUUAGUUGACCUCGGGAAUAUUUAUGAUUCGGGUGUCAGUCAAUCACUUUCAUUACAAAAAUUAUACGACAGAUAUUGUUUCGGGUUCGUUUGCGAACACUUUGAGGCAAAAAUCGCGCUUACGAUAAUUACACAGUCAUUUAUUACCUUGAUAACUAUCGUUGCAUUGUUCUAAAUUCAUGUACACAAGCUAAAAGUGUUCACAAAAUAACCCUAUGCGGGAUCAAGUAAGGAAUCAGUCAGUUUUAUAUGAUUUUUAACAUUUGAAAUGGAAAAAGUAGAAAAGUGUUUCCAUAAAAAUAUUCAUAAAAGGCAAAUAUUUAAAAAACAAAUUCUACGUAAAAUUCUACUAUAGAAAUAUUGGGUUAGUAAUUUUCCAAUUAUCUAGUAAAAAUCAAGGUUUGUUGUUUUUUUAACUAAAAUCACAAGUAAAAAACUAUGUAAAAUUCAGGUUUGAUCAAUAUUUUCAGGAUAAGAGCAAAAAGAAGAAAUACUGCAUAAAUGAAAAUUUAUUUAUAUACAUGUAAAUAUAAUUUAAACAUAAAGGAUAUUAUUGAUUCAAGCUCCAAGUGGCCGUUUUUGAAGAUGUUUUGAAAAUUAAUUAGUAGAAAUAUAUGUAACAUUUAUCUAUUUUUUUCUUAUAAAAUAAAAAUUCAAUUUGGCCCAAUAUCAAGUAAUGGGCAAAAACCAAA